UUUUAAACACUUUUUUAGAAUAUGUAUCAUAGGAUAUGACUGCAGAAAGGUAGUUCUAAAAAGUUUUAGAGAUAUUUUAGAUGUAUUUUGUAUAUUUGAGUCAUAAAAUAAACAUAUUUCCCUUUCGUAUAAAUGGUAAUUUUCGCUAAAUAUUUUUUUUUCGCUAAUAAUCAUUUUUACUCCAUGUCUUGUAAACGAAAGAUAACGAGAUUCAAGCGUCUAUCAAAUGUUAUUUGUUUUGACAACUUACAGCAAUAAAAGCAUUUUCUUGUGGAUGAAAGAAAAGAAAUCCCUAAAUAAAAGAUAAAUUUGAUUUACACUGCCAAAUAUGAAGAGAAAUUUAUCAAUAUCAGUGGACUUAUCUAAGAUGAAAAAUAGACGAGCAAAGCAUGGUGAGCAUUAUCAGCCAACAGAUGUGGAACAUAUAGCCAACAUGAUUACUCAUGGGGUAAUGUUGUUGGUUUUGAAAGAUUUUGGUGGUGUUGCGGAGUUUUUUAUGUGGAUUGUGUGGGUAGGUUGUAUCCUGGGGAUUAUAUUCCAGUUGUUGUUUCAUGCAAGGUACAAGUCUCUGGAAGUAGUAUUUUAUAUGAUAGUUGGAAUCUGUCCAGCUUAUGCUGUGACACAUAUGACUGACCCAGCAGGAGUGCACGAGCUGGCUAUAGGAGGUGUGAUAUAUGUGUGUGGUGUUAUAUUCUUCAAACUAGACGGUGUUGUACCGUUUGCUCAUGCUAUAUGGCAUGUAUUUGUUGGUCUUGGGGCAUUAGCUCAUUUUUAUGCCAUAAACAAAUACCUUGUAGGUAUACAUGGUCCUAAAGAGUCAAUCAUUGAUAUAGAUCAAUUAACAAUUUAAUGAUAGUAUUAAUUUUGUAUAGGAUAAUCAAUUUUCUUUUUUAGAUGUUGUUAUAUUGUUUACUUUACCCAUCUUUUUAAAAGAUCCUUAACUUAUUGACAAAUAUCUCAUUUUUGUAUGGACCAAGCAUGCUUUUAUUGUGUAGGUCAGCAGAAUAAGAUAUUUGAGCCGUGUCAUGACAAAACCAACAU